AUGAUUAGAGUUGUUGCCAUUUACUAUGUUCGAAGAUUAGAGCCGGAUUGGGAUCCACAACAAUUAUCUGCUCGAAUUUGUUUUACAGGAUUUUGUGCAAUUGGUUUCAAUGCAAUUGUUGCCUUCGUGUUGAUGAUUCUGGUGCAUGCAUCAAUGAGCUAUGCUACUUCACCUACAUGGAUACCAUCAGCUUACUUCCCAAUAUACAUACACAACAUGCAUAGGGCAAAGCACGGAAGUGAUUCAGGGACUUAUGAUACAGAGGGAAGGUUCAUCCCUGCACAUCUUGAGAACAUGUUCAGCAAAUAUGCUCGUACACUUCCUGACAAGCUUACAUUACGGGAGCUCUGGCACAUGACUGAGGCUAACCGUAACACAUUUGAUUUAUUUGGCUGGAUAGCAAGUAAACUGGAAUGGGGAGCUCUUUAUGUUCUUGCAAAGGAUGACGAAGGUUUCUUAGCUAAAGAAGCUGUGAGGCGUUGCUUCGAUGGAAGCUUGUUUGAAUAUUGUGCCGAGGUUCAAAAGAACCCUCCUAUUGGCAAGGUGGCAUGAUGCUCCAAUUAUAAGACGACAUGCAAUGCAAGCAUCUUUGUGUUGGUUAUUGGAACAGUGGAACAUAUAUAUUUCUUUGAAGAUUGAG